AUGGCUCCUCUAAAGAAAGGCGACCUAAGCGAGGAGGAGACAGAACUGCUGGGAGUGAUCGGGAAAGGAAACACUGAAGAAGCUGCAAGGCUACUAGGCAACAAGAAUGUCCGUGUCAAUUGUUUGGAUGAGCAUGGUAUGACCCCUCUGAUGCACGCAGCGUACAAAGGGAAAGUUGACAUGUGCAAAUUGUUGUUGCGACAUGGGGCUGAUGUGAACUGCAAUGAGCAUGAGCAUGGAUAUACUGCCUUGAUGUUUGCUGGGCUUUCAGGCAACAAAGAAAUCACCUGGAUUAUGUUAGAGGCUGGAGCGGAGACAGAUGUUGUUAACUCUGUGGGAAGAACUGCUGCUCAGAUGGCUGCUUUUGUAGGUCAGCACGAUUGCGUGACUGUUAUCAACAACUUCUUUCCUCGAGAAAGGCUAGACUACUACACAAAACCCCAAGGAUUGGAUAAAGAACCAAAGCUUCCAGUUAAGUUAGCUGGGCCACUGCAUAAGAUCAUCACAACUACUAACCUGCAUCCUGUCAAGAUAGUAUUGCUAGUGAAAGAGAAUCCUCUCCUGGCUGAAGUCGAAGCACUGCAAAAAUGCUACUAUGUAUUGGAUCUCAUUUGUGAGAAGUGCAUGAAGCAGAGAGAUAUGAAUGAAGUACUGGCAAUGAAAAUGCAUUACAUCAGCUGUAUUUUCCAGAAAUGUAUCCUUUUCCUUAAGGAACGUGAAGAUAAAUUGGAUGGAUUAAUCAAAAGCCUACUAAAAGGCAGAGAUAAAGAUGGCUUUCCAUUGUAUCAAGAGAAACUCAUCAGAGAGUGCAUUCGAAAAUUUCCUUACUGCGAAGCUACAUUGCUCCAGCAGCUUGUGAGAAGCAUUGCUCCAGUGGAAAUUGGCUCUGAUCCUACAGCGUUCUCUGUUCUGACACAAGCCAUUACUGGCCAAGUGGGCUUCGUUGAGGCUGAGUUUUGCACAACAUGUGGGGAAAAGGGAGCAGCCAAAAGAUGUUCGACAUGCAAAAUGGUGAUCUACUGUGAUCAGAACUGCCAGAAAAUGCAUUGGUUUGCACACAAGAAAGCUUGCAAGAUGCUAAAAGAAGCCCAUGAGAAGCAGGAGAUAGAAGCUGCCAAAGAGAAAAAACGGCAGGAAAGAAAGCAAAAAAGAGAAGCUGCACAAGCAGCAGAAUCUAUUUCAAAUCGAGAACAAUUGGUCUCUGAAGAUAGUAAAGAGGAGGACAUAUAUGAGGGAGACAAAACUGAAGAAAGAAUACCCAACAAGCAGAUACCUGUACCAUCAUUUUCAGCUGACAAUCUCUCUGAAGGAGAGACUAAUUUAACAGAUAGUGCUGUCGCAAAAGCUCAUGAAUCGGAGGAGUAAGUGAGGUCUAGCU